CCUGCGUGGUGGGGUGGGAGGACAGAGGUCUCGCUGCCUGCAGUUCGCAAGCUCUGAAAAGCGGGCGGUUUCCUCUCGAGCAGCUGCUGGAGUUGCUCUAUACAGAAGUCUUGUGAGACCACUGUGCAGCAAGGUGAUGAUUAUACAAAGAGUGGUAUUGAAUUCCCGACCUGGAAAAAAUGGUAAUCCAGUGGCAGAAAAUUUCCGAAUAGAAGAAGUAAAUUUACCAGAUAAUAUCAAUGAAGGACAAGUACAAGUGAGAACUCUUUAUCUUUCUGUGGAUCCUUACAUGCGUUGCAGAAUGAAUGAAGACACUGGCAGUGAUUAUAUAACACCUUGGCAGCUGUCUCAAGUGGUUGAUGGUGGAGGUAUUGGGAUUGUAGAAGAAAGCAAACACGUACAUUUUACUAAAGGCGAUUUUGUGACUUCUUUCUUUUGGCCCUGGCAAACCAAGGUUAUUCUGAAUGGAAACAGCCUUGAGAAGGUAGACCCACAACUUGCGAAUGGACACCUUUCAUACUUUCUUGGAGCUAUAGGUAUGCCUGGUUUGACUUCCUUGAUUGGGAUACAGGAGAAAGGUCAUAUAACUGCUGGAUCUAAUCAGACAAUGGUUGUUAGUGGGGCUGCUGGUGCUUGUGGAUCCUUGGCUGGGCAGAUUGGCCAUUUGAUGGGCUGUUCCAGAGUGGUGGGAAUUUGUGGAACACAGGAGAAGUGCCACCUUCUGACCUCAGAACUGGGCUUUGAUGCUGCAAUUAAUUAUAAAAAGGGGAAUGUGGCAGAACAGCUCCGUGAAUUUUGUCCAGCUGGAGUGGAUGUUUACUUUGACAAUGUUGGUGGUGACAUCAGUGAUAUAGUGAUAAGUCAGAUGAAUCAGAACAGCCAUAUCAUCCUGUGUGGUCAGAUUUCUCAGUACAACAAAGAUGUGCCUUAUCCUCCUCCACUACCCCCUGCUGUAGAAGCAAUCCAAAAAGAAAGAAACAUCACAAGAGAAAGAUUUCUGGUGUUAAACUAUAAGGACAAAUUUGAGUCUGGCAUUCUACAGCUGAGUCAGUGGUUUAAAGAAGGAAAGCUAAAGAUUAAAGAGACUGUGGUAAAUGGAUUGGAAAACAUGGGAGUUGCAUUCCAGUCCAUGAUGACAGGAGGUAACAUCGGAAAGCAGAUAGUUUGCAUUUCAGAAGAAACCUCUUUGUAAUAUGUAUAAGCAUCUUCAUCAAGGAAAUACACAGAUUUCUUUCCAUUUUACUCAAAGAUUUUUAAGAUAUUUCACAAAAAAAAAUCUUAGACUACAGAUAGCUUUUUUUUUUUAUGUUGAUUUUUGAGAGAUAGAGACAG